AAAUCCGUUCGUGGUGGAGGUGUGUGGUUCCACCAAUAAUAUAACCUGUUUUCACCGUGAAUUCACACAAGGAAAUGAUAAUAAUGAUAGUAAAUGAGAGAUAGUGCACCAGCGUGGCGUCCGAUUAGAUAAAAGCGUGUGAUGUACGUACUAUCAGUGCUUGCGCCACAUAAACAACACUUUUUUGAAUAACGAACGCGGGAAUUGGUCAACAUUUUCACAUCUCAGGAAAUCAAUCUGUAAUGAAGUUCAAAUUCGUGUCAUGGAGUUGGAUUUUUCUGGUCGUCGCUUGCGCGACAGCUCAAGACAUCAACAUCAAUAAUCCCAAUCAACAGCCCGAUUUGAAUAAUCCCUACAGUACAAGCAGCACGCCCAACUACGAUCUCAAUAAUAAUCCCUUCACACAAGAACCGAAUUACAAUGGAGACCAGUUCGGAAAUCGGGAUCAAUUCGGGCAAAAUCAACCGUAUGAUCCGAAUAAUUUCCCGCAGAGAGGACAGUUCGAUCCGAAUAAUCCGCAAAGGGGGCAGUUUGAUCCGAAUAACCCGCAAAGGGGGCAGUUUGAUCCGAAUAACCCGCAAGGAGGGCAAUACAAUCCUGAUACAGGCCUGUAUGAACCGGGGGGCAGGGGGCCCCCAUGGAGGCAGGGCGGGUUUGGGUACGGGCAGGGGAGGAAUGAGAUCGAUGCGGCUGGGUCAGCGAUUAAAGAGGCAACAUAUUUCUUAGUCGCUUCAAAAACCGUCCGCCCAGGUCAGUUAUACCGCGUUGCUGUCACAAUCCUCCAAGAGGAUGAACCUCUGACCGUCCGUGCUUCCAUCACCCGCAACGGUGUUGAAAUGACCGAAGACCACAAACGCGUCAAAGUCGGGGUGCCUGAAACCCUCCUAAUGCGGGUACCACCGACCAGCGUCCCCGGCGAAUACAAACUAAGAGUUGAGGGUUUAUACGACGACAUCCUGGGCGGUAUUUACUUCGUCAACGAAACAAAUCUGAUUUUCUCGCAACGUUCCAUGACGAUUUUCAUCCAACUCGACAAACCCGUGUACAAACAGGGCGAAAAGGUGCGCUUUCGCACAAUUCCAAUCAACACCGAACUCAAAGCUUUCGAUCAAGCCAUUGAUGUGUACAUGCUUGACCCGAACGGACACAUCAUGAAACGGUGGCUCUCUAAACAAUCAAACCUUGGUACUGUUAGUCUAGAUUACGAAUUGUCCGAUCAGCCCGUUUUCGGCGAGUGGAGAGUUCGAGUGAUUGCGCAAAAUCAAAUCGAAGAAUCAACUUUCUUGGUUGAGGAGUAUUAUCAAACGAGGUUUGAAGUUAAUGUGACUAUGCCGGCGUUUUUCCUCAAUACGGAUGAAUACUUGCACGGGAUUGUUAUGGCGAACUAUACUAGUGGUGCCCCCGUUAGGGGUAAUCUGACGCUUAAGGCCAUAGUUAGGCCGAUCAAACCCAUCGAUAGGUACAGACUGCCUCAUAGAAAUAGGAAUAGGAAUAGGAACCGUGAUAGGUACGACAAUAGGGGUUAUAACCGGUUUGAGGACCGGAACAGGUACGGACCGCAGAGAUACGACGAUUUCGAGUACGAAUACGACGAGUUUGAACGUGAUAAGCCCAUCGUGGAGAAAUAUUUUAAUUUUGACGAACAAAUGCCAUUUUGGUUCAAAAUCACCAAUUAUUACGAACCGGUCCCGUCCCUCAAAUACUUUUAUGGUGUCUACGAAUUCAAAUAUCCAAUCCGGGAGCUGCUCCAUUACGUCACAAGCCUCGAAGGAAUGGAGGUUGUGGUUGUGGCAACGGUCGGUGAGCGUUUCCUUGACGAAGUGAUCGAGGGUUAUUCCACAGCUCGAAUUUUCAAUUCGUCAAUUAAAUUGUCUUUCCUCGGUGGUUCCCCUCAAGUCUACAAGCCUGGAAUGCCAGUGGCGGCUUACAUUGCUGCUUCGUUCCAUGACGGUUCGUCUUUACCACUUGAACGAUUAACCAAUGGUGUGAUGGAAGUUUUUACGUAUGUUGAGUCGGGUUCUGGCCGCAGGGAUUUACCCAGUCGGCAGUUAUUCAUGGUUGAUGGUAGUCCAGGUGUUUGGGAGUACAAGUUUGAUAUUAAGAGUGAGUUGGGGUUAGAAGGGACCAAAGCGUUUGAAGAUCCGACUCAAAGGGGGUCGCUCAGGAUUCAAGCGAGGUUCCGUGAUGGGCUGGGGCAUGUUGCAGAGACUGAACUUUUGAUGCUGUCGCAUUAUAGUCCCAAUAAUCAGCACAUUAAAGUGUUUACAAGUACGCUUAAACCUCAGGUUGGUGCUAAUAUGAUUUUCCACAUCAAAAGCAAUUUCUUUAUUCGUAAGUUUAAUUAUAUGAUCGUUGCGAAAGGCAUAGUCUUGGUCAGUAGCGACCAAGAUAUGUUUGAUUAUAUCAGUACCAUGGCGGUUACAUUGAGUGCGGAAAUGGCCCCAGUUGCCACUAUUAUUGUCUGGCAUUUGGGACAGUAUGGGGAAGUUACUGUCGACAGUUUGACUUUCCCAGUCAAUGGAAUAAGCAGAAACAAGUUCAAAGUGUACAUCAACAACAAGAAAGCCCGCACUGGUCACAAAGUGGAGGUGGCAAUCUACGGGGAGCCCGGCUCUUACGUCGGCCUUUCGGGCAUCGACCGCGCCUUCUACACCAUGCAAGCCGGCAACGAGCUAACCUACGCUAAAGUCCUCACAAAAAUGGCCUCAUUCGACGAAAACAUAAACGGCACCCACGAACACAUCUGGUUCUCGCACGACGGCAACCCCGACGACCUCGUCUACUUCCCCUCCUCCACGUACGGCAUCGACGCCAAUCGCACCUUCGAGUACGCCGGCUUGGUCGUCUUCAGCGACUUUGAACUCCCACGUCGCUGGUCGCGCUGUAACGCCACACUCGGCUGGGCCGAGUGCCUGAACGGCGCCUGCUACCGCUUCGACAAACGCUGUGACUAUUUCCAGGACUGUACUGAUGGCACAGACGAAGCUGGGUGCAAGUACGACAACGGCACCGAAUUGGCAAUGUUCCGAAAGUACAGAUUCAACCGAAUCCAGCGCCAGUAUGAGAACGUCUGGGUCUGGAAGGACGUGAAUAUCGGGCCGCAUGGACGCUACAUUUUCAAUGUUCCGGUCCCGGCAAGGCCGGUGCAUUGGAUGGUGUCGGCGUUUUCGAUGAGUCCGUCGCUCGGGUUCGGGAUGUUGAACAAAGCGAUCGAGUAUAUUGGCGUUUUGCCGUUCUUUAUCAAUGUGGAAAUGCCCACAAUGUGCAUGCAAGGGGAGCAAGUCGGGAUCAGGGUUUCUGUUUUUAAUUAUAUGAUGGAUGCGAUGGAGGCAACUGUUGUACUUGUGGGAUCGCGGGACUAUAAGUUUGUUCAUGUGGAGGAGAAUGGGGUUGUAAGGGCGUAUAAUCCAAGAACUUCCUUCGGGGAACAUCAAUUCUUUAUUUAUAUCAAGCCGCAAGAUGCCGCUGUUGUUUAUAUACCGAUUGUUCCCACAAGGCUUGGGGAUAUUGAUGUUACGGUCUAUGCGUCCACGUUGAUUGGGAAGGAUCAAGUGACCAGAAAACUACAUGUUGAGUCUGAUGGUUUGCCUCAGCACCGCCACCAAUCCAUGCUUCUCGAUUUGAGUAAUCGAGCGUACGCUUUCCAAUACAUGCACGUGAAUGUCACCGAAACUCCGAUAAUUCCGUACGAAUACGACAGAUACUACGUAUACGGAUCGAAUAGAGCCCGAAUUUCGGUAGUAGGUGAUGUUGUUGGUCCAAUCUUUCCAACAAUGCCCGUAAAUGCGACUUCUAUUCUUCAUUUACCUAUGGACUCAGCCGAACAGAAUAUGUUUUCAUUUGCUGCUAACAUGUACACGACUUUGUACAUGCGGUACACACAACAGAGGAACCGAACGUUGGAAAAAUUGGCGUUUUAUUACAUGAACAUUGGAUAUCAGAGACAGCUCUCGUUUAUGCAACCGGACGGCUCCUUCAGUCUGUUCCGAAGCGACUGGAACCAAUCGGAUUCCUCCGUGUGGCUGACCGCCUACUGCGCGCGCAUUUUCCAAGAAGCAAGUUUCUACGAAUGGGAAAACUACAUUUACAUUGACCCUGCAGUGAUUGCAAAAUCGGUCGAAUGGGUCCUUCGUCACCAAAAUCAAGACGGCGCUUUUUAUGAAACCACAUGGCUCCCUGAUCGAAAAUACAAUUCCUCUCUCAAUUUUAACAACGAUCCCAUUCGUCAUCGCAAUAUUACACUCACUGCUCAUGUCUUGAUUAUGUUAGAGUCGGUCAAAGAUUUGACCAGUGGUCUCAGCUCUAAAGUGGCAAUAGCGCAACGAAACGCUGUCCAUUGGCUCGAACGCAACAUGGACUUGAUUAAAGAGCGCGGACGUCCGUUUGAUGUCGCCAUCGUCGCUUACGCCCUUAUGAAGAGCAAAGCGGCCUUUGCCGAAGCCGCCUAUCUGGAACUAUCCCGCCACCGCCGUGAAGAAGGCGGUUUGUUAUACUGGGGGCGGCAGUCCGUCCCCCAGCCCCCUUACAAAAUCGAAAAUCAAAAACCCUUCUCACUCCCGCGCCUCCCCUACGAGUACGAUUCGGAAAACAUCGAAGCUACAGCAUACGCCCUUAUGGUGUACGUAGCGCGCCAGGAGAUUUUCAUGAACGAUAUUGUGCGUUGGUUGAACACCCAACGACUCACCGACGGCGGUUGGGCCUCCACUUCGGACACCGCCAACGCACUGAAGGCGUUAAUCGAGUACACGUCAGCGCAAAGAAUCCGCGACAUUUCCAGUCUUUCGGUGACUGUGGAAGCCACAGCAUUGCCAGGCAAGACGGCAGUGUUGCACGUUAAUGACAAAAAUCGAGCCAAGUUGCAACAUAUCGAUAUACCCAAUGCCUGGGGGACGGUUAAAGUGCAAGCCAAGGGCACUGGUUACGCUAUCUUGCAAAUGCACGUGCAAUAUAAUGUCGAUAUAGCACGGUUCCAGACGAAACCGCCUGUGCCGGCGUUCGAUUUGUGGAUCAGACCGUAUUUCUACGGGAGGAAUAUGUCGCAUAUUACGCUGUUUAGCUGUCAGAGGUGGAAUCAUUUAGGGGAGUCCCCCAGGUCGGGCUUGGCAGUGCUUGAUGUUACGAUACCGACAGGCUAUAUCGUACAGCAGCAGGAUUUGGAUGCUUAUAUCCUGUCGAGGCAAGUGAGGAAUCUGCAAAGGGCCAGGUUUUCCGAAAGGAAGGUCUUGUUUUACUUCAAUUAUUUGGAUUACGAAGAAACCUGUAUCAACUUCACUGUGGAGCGGUGGUAUCCGGUGGCUAACAUGUCUCGGUACCUGCCGAUCCGCAUCUACGAUUAUUACGCGCCGGAACGAUUCAACGAAACAAUUUUCGAUGCCUUAUCAACGUACAAUUUGGACAUUUGUCACGUUUGUGGUAGCAGUCAGUGUCCGUACUGUUGGAUUUACAAUGCAACAACUAGGGUUACAAUUCCAUUAUUCACGUUAAUUUUCACAAGCAUAAUUUUGAUAGUUAGAUAUUUUGGUGUUCAAGACAACAUAAUCUAAUGAACCGAAUCUGGAAUUAUAUUAAUUCUACAAGUGUGUAAUAGUUGUUAAAAGUUGUGCCUGAUUAUAAAUAAAGGAUUGUUAUAUGUAAACUUAAUAUAAGCUCCAGAUUCAAGCUUUUCUUAAUGUUUGUGUUCAUUAUUUUUAGUCGUCUUGGAACGUAUUGAAAUGACUAAGAGAGAGUUACUUAUGACACAUUGUGUAUAUUUUUCUACGAAAAGAAUCAUAUCGGGAAUACUCAAAGCAAAUUAUUUCAUGUUGAAAGCGAGCCACACGCUCAUAGUCUCAUAUUAAACCGUCCAAUUGCACUGACGUAGUUAGUGUCUUAUAUUGUAAAGUAAUAUAUUUGGUUAGUUUUUUAUAUUGUUAUAUUUUAUUUUUUGUAUUAUACAGAUUUUUUUCGGAAAUAAAUUUGUAACGACUUGAUUUGACUAAAUAAUAGAUUAUAGUAAGAUUUUGCAGCUGUAAAUAAUCACUAACUGAUUUUGUGUAGUUUCUGAAACAAAAAGUAUUUCAAUAGAGUAUUUAGUUAUAGGUAGGAUUAACGUAUUUGUACACAUGUUGACUUGAAAUAAAGCGAUUUUCUUUUGAUA